AUGCCAAGCUUGCCUGGUGCAUGGCUGGUGACCAACACCAUCGGUGGCCGUGCCGAGCUCGCAUGGCGCGUGGCCGCUCUCCCUCUCCCCACAGCGCUGAAGGUGCAGCUGGACACCAAGCUCUUUGGGCAGCACCUGGCCAAGGACGUGGUGCUGAAGGCGGUGAUGGGCUUCAGCAGCAACGCCAGCCCCAAGAAGCCGCUGACGCUCUCGCUCCACGGCUGGGCCGGCACCGGCAAGAACUUCCUCAGCCAGAUCCUGGCGGAGCAGGUCCACCCCGCUGGCCUGCGCAGCAAGUUUGUCCAUCUCUUCCUGGCCACCCUGCACUUCCCCCACCACGACCAACUCGGGCUCUACAAGGAACAGCUGCAGAACUGGAUUCGGGGCAACGUCAGUGCCUGUCCCCACUCCGUCUUCAUUUUUGAUGAGAUGGACAAAAUGCACCCGGGUCUCAUUGAUGCCAUCAAGCCGUUCUUAGAUUAUUACGAGCAGGUUGAUGGGGUGUCCUACAGGAAAGCCAUCUUCAUCUUCCUCAGCAAUGCAGGUGGUGACUUAAUUAAUAAAGCAGCUCUUGAGUUCUGGACGAGUGGAAAGCGCAGGGAAGAGAUUCAGCUGAAAGACCUGGAGCCCAUGCUAUCCGUAGGCGUCUUCAAUAACAAGAAUAGUGGACUGUGGCACAGCAGCCUCAUCGACAGGAACCUCAUUGACUACUUUGUCCCCUUCCUGCCCCUGGAGCACAAGCACGUGAAGAUGUGCAUCAGGGCUGAAAUGGUAGCCCGUGGCUACGCUGUCGAUGAGAAGGUGGUUCAAGCAGUGGCUGAUGAGAUGACGUUCUUCCCAAGAGAGCAGCAAAUCUACUCUGAUAAAGGCUGCAAGACUGUACAGGCCAAGCUGGAUUUUCACCAAGACGUUGCGAUGAGAGAUACGAAAGCCAAGGGUUGA